AUGUGUUUAUCAGUAAGUACACUGAAGCCUCUACUCGAUAAAUCGAAUUUAAACGAUAAAGGAAAUUAUCAUCUGACAUCCAAAUUACCCAACUGGUUACAUAUCAACGGACUGAGUAUGGAUCAUUCACAUCAUCAUCACUCAUACCAGACUACAAAUGGAAAACGAGACAUGAAUUUUGGUGGACAAAGUAUUCAUCCUACCACGCCAAUGUUGGAUCAGACAGAUUAUACCACAAUAGCUAAUGAAAUUAAUAUCGUUUCGGAUAUGGAUACAACUCAAUUUGAUUUAUUAUCACAACAACAACAACAACAACAACAUUCUGAAUACCUGAAACAACAACAUCAUCAGGUUAAACAACAGAAUAUAUUAGAAAAUACUAUUAUAUCAAAAAAAAUGUUUAUCGAUAGACAGAUUAAGAAAGCAAAAUCAUUACCUGGGAUGCUCAAAGGCACUGCAUUGUCAAAUACAAAUCGCACUACACCACAGCAAUCAAACAGCAAUUCAGCCGCAAUCGAUACUACGGCUGAACAUCAACAACAAGAACGUCAAAUGAACGGAGGCACGCGUACUCCAUUUCCUGAGUAUCAUCUCAUAUUGAAUCAACAAUCACAAACCCCUGGUGUACAACAGUCUGUACAGCAGGUACGACCAACUGAGAUUCGUCGACCACGCGUUUAUUUUGCUGAUUAUAAUAAAGUAAAUUUUUACGAAGAUUCUUCAAAUGAUAAACAAUCUGGAAAACAUUCUAAAAAGCAACAAAAACAGUCACAACACCAAGCGAUUGUUACGAUCCCUACACAAACGAAUUUAUAUCGACCCUCAUCAAGACAAAUUAAAACUCAACAACAACAACAAUUACUAUGCGAACAAUACGAUCUAACAGAUAAUAUUACUGUAAAAAAAUUAGAUACAAUUGCUAAUCAGAAAGAAAAACUAUCUCCACGAACUUCAUCUCACUUGCCCGAAAUCAAUCAAUCGAUCAAUAAUGACGUGUCUAUUACUGAAGAGAAAACAGAUGAGAGCAAUAGCAAUAAUACAAAGAAAAAAUUUGUACUGACACGUGAAAAACCAUUGGUGAAACUUCCACCACCAGCAAAAAAAUUAGGUGAUCCACUAAAAUCACCAAAAACCCUUUAUAUUGAGCAUAACUCAUCCACUGAACUUUCUCGUGAAUCAAACAGACACAGUCCUGACUAUUUACAAUAUGCUCAUGACAUGUGUCCGCAGCAACCACAUCAUCAACGUUUUGAUCCCUCGUCCGUUACUGCACAUUCGUUUGUAAGUAAUACAAACACUAAUAAUCCGUCGGAUUUAUCUUUAUCAUCAAGUUCCAGACAGCGAACACUGCGUAACAUAUCCUUGAGACAACAAUUCAAUAACCGUUCUCCAAUGAAAAAUAAUAGUCCAUCGAAUAGACGUUCGGCAUCUCUAAGACAUUUAAUGGAUGAUGCCAGUUCAAAUGAAUAUAUCAUCAAAAAUGGCAUGGCUACUCUUAAUCGAUCGUCUGAGCAAACGCCUGAGGAACUUCAUCAUACAACGGCGCAACACGAUUAUAAUACAACAAAUAGUCACCCGAUCACCGUCUUUCCUCCAACUGUAGUACCACUCCAACAACAAAAUAGAACAUCCUCUUCAACACUUCGACGAACAUAUGUGAUACACUUCAAUUCAAAAAAUUGUAUUCCUCAACAACAACAGCAAUUAACGUCUCUCAAUGAUCUACAAAACCUUUCCACUAGGCAACUAUUAAAAUCUCAUUUGCACGAAAGUACAGAAGAACGUUUUCAGAAUCUUUUAACCGUGGGUCGACCUUCAUAUGUUCCAUCAACAGAUGAACAACAACGAGCGAAUGAUCUCGUUAAAUCAAAUUAUUCAUCGAGACAAUCAAAAUGGAACUCAACAGAAAAACAUAACAGCAACUUUAGAAACAAAGGACUCGAAUUACAUACAGAUGCCGUUGUUGUUUAG